UGGGAUUGAUUGUUGAUUGUGGUGGAGAGGCUUUAAGAAUAACAUUGAGGAAACAACUGUCAGUAAAUCCGAAAGAUUCUUGGGUGUUACUGAGGAGGAAGAGGAGGACGAGGAGGAGGACGAGGAGGACGAGGAGGUGGAGAAGGGGGUGGCGUUUCGUAUAUACGAUUUAUCGAAUGGUUAUGAGCCAUUCGUUUUCUCGCAUAAUUUGCCUACUGGUCUUCGUAUUAUGUCCAGUAUAGGUGAUAAUUCUUGGUGCUGUAAGUCUGGUAAGAAAUUAUUCAUUGUAAAUCCCAAUGGGGAAGAACUUACUAAUUUUGCUAGUAAGAGCUUGUAUGAUUAUUUGUUUCCUAUUGAUCCUUUUGAUAACAUCAUUCCAAGUUCUUUUUUCCCCAGCAAAUACAUCAAAAAUUUUUUUUGUUUGUUAAAUGACGACAAUGUGCUCGUGUUUUCCAAGGGAGUCUUUCCUUUUGUAUUUUUAGUACCGCGCACACACUUAACAACUGAUGUUAAAUGUGGCAGUAAAAUUUGCACCAAUGGCAAUUUUCUAUACCAGUUUAAUGACUUUGAAGAAAGAAGUCAAGGAAAAUCAAAUUUGAUCAUUAAAAAUCUGAAUACGGGUGACACUUUUGUAAGGAAAUGUCUUCUUAAGAACAUGUUAGCAGUAAAAAAUGCAGUAAUUUUGCAUAGAGAAUAUGAUAUUCCAGAGCUUUGGAAUAAUGACGUGACAAAUUUGCUGUACAGUUUUGAUGAACUGAAAGGAACCAAGAGAAUUUUGAGUGUGAGUGAUGUAUUAAUUGCUUGUCAGACAGGUGAAUCUUUUGUGUUUUUUAAUAUCGAAAACAAGCGAAAAGAAUUUGCACUAAAGUUUAAAAGACGUAAGCAUUUCUCGGUAUUAGCAUGUAGCGUUAAGUUUCAUAUGUUUGUAAUAGACUAUGUUGAGAAUAAAGAAACUUACUCUUUGUGGUGUAGAGAAAAUCUUGUAGAUGGUUGGGAAGACAUUUGUCAGAAUCAAAUAAGAAGUGUUGAUCAUGCUGAAUUUUCCCCAUUGGCAGAUAAGUUGUUGGUGUUACGGUACCGCGAUUUUCUACACGUAUAUGACGUCAAUGACAAACAAAUUAUUUAUAAUGUUACAGGAGAUCAAGUUGAAGGUAGCAUUGACUUUGUGGAUAGUAGAUACAUAAUACGUGUAUAUUCUCCUGAGUUAUGGUUGGUUGAUACUAAAAAUAAAACAGAUUGUUGCCGUCACGAACUUUCAUUUCUUGACGUGUAUGCACAUUUCUGCCGCAAAAGCAAACAUGUUUAUACCUUCUUUGACGAUAAUAACGUUUUGGUUGAAGGAUUUAAAAUCAACUUACCUCAAAAAUAAUAUGGAUCAUUCAACGCAAUAUUUUUCAGUUUGUUUGAUCGAUGAUGACAUAUUGCUCUUAUUCCAUGACCAUGUUUCUAGUUUCUAUGAUAGCCAAGAAAACCCAUGCAUGCAUUGAUGUCAUUUUUUUCAAACGUCAUAUUUUCAGUGAUUGUAAUUUCAUUUCAUUUUUUCAGGUGAUCACUAUUUAUCAUGCCAUUUUUUUUAUUAGGAACGAUUUCAUGUCGUUAGCCAUAUGUCACAACCAAAAUUUAUAGCUACAUAUGCUUUUUGGAUUGUUUUCAUUUUUCAUUAAAGUUAAAUAUGCUGUAUCAUGUAAAAGGAAUUCUUAUUUUAUAGCAACAUAAUGACAGUUAACUGUUACUGUUGCACAUUUCUAUUACAUAACUGUGAUCAAAUUCUAAGAUAAUGUGAGGAGGACAUGAAGAUAUUAGCCAAUGGAAACGUUUAUUAACGUUAUUGUCAAUAUUGGCAAACAACGAAACACUAAUUGAUUGAAAUCUUGGGACACAGUGUGUUUUGUUUCAUUCUGUCUCAAUCAAUAAGUGAUAUGACUGUUCUCUUUAGUCUCAGUCAAUAAUUGCUAACAACAAAAAAACAUAAAACGACUUAUUCCACAUAAGGUUCAACACAAUAAAUUUCGACAUAUUCUUUAACAAACUCUCAGCCCGAAUCGGUCUAAUUGUUUGUAGAAGAAUAUGUCGAAGAAUAUGUUGUCAUAAAUGAUUAAAAUAGUGGUAUUUCGUUCAAUUAUUAUUAUAGGAUUUUGGGUUAAGCUUGGCAAAGAUCAGUACGAAUGUAUUCAAUUUUUGCACAAUUGAGAGCGUUAAUUAAUUAUAAAUUUUAACAAUAAGCAUGGGCAGCGCAGUGUGUUGUGUCUCGGAAAGAUCUUAACUGGAUUUAUUUUGAAGAAAGUAGAGCAUUUUUGAAAGCCAAGCUCAUGUAUAUGCGGUUAGGCAAGCUUGUGUUGUUAAAAUUUAUAGUUAAAGAGGCUCUUAUCUAUGACAUUACUGUCUAAAUAAUUUUAAAUUCACUCUAUUAUUCAUUUUGUACUUUACACUGUCUUUUACUACAAAACUUUGACUAGUAUGAAUGCUGAAGUAAAUUUAAACAAGAAAUAUUAAAGCAAAUAUAUAGAAAACCAAACCAAGUGCACCAAAAAAUUUGAAGAAACAUGUGAAGCAGUAAACUUUCAAUAGAAAUCGACUUCAUAAUGGACAUUCAAUUUUGUGAUAAACAAGUGCCCAUUGAUUCUAAACACUCCACAUUAUGUGUGUUAUUGGUCCAAACUAUUACGAACAAGAAAAGUUAACAAAAGUUGUAAAGAAAUUUGCAAAUAUAAAGAAAGAACAAAAGCUAUAGUGCUACAUGUGAAAGGAUGUUCGAGGAUACAUCAAUGACUUUUACUGAGAAAUUUUAAAUCAAGAAUUUUUGUUCUGUGAACACCUGUGCUUUGUGAAUAAAUCAUAUUAUUUAUGGACUGCGACAAAAGAGAGCUUUGUAUUGUUGGAAAAGCGAAGCCCAAGAACUUAAUUAAACUGUAUUUGUAAUAAAAAGUGUUAAACAAUUAAAAGAACACUAUCCACUCAAAGAUUUGUGAGCAUACUGGAAAUGGAUGUACAACGAGACUUGAAAUGUAUUAUUUCAUAGCAUAUUGAAAAUUUUCACUCUCUUAAUUCAAACCAAAAGAAUGACUAAUUUAUCUACAAAAGCACUUUGUGGCACAGUUUUCUACUUUUCUCAAACUAUGAAAUUUCAUCUGCGAGCAGAACUGGAAGACAAAAGAUAUGUGAUUUUACUGUGAUGUUGGUUAUUGACUUUGUUGACAACACUUUUAAAACAUGAAAGUGAAAAAAUGGUCAUCCACACAACCGUUUUCAAGGGAAUUUCAAAUCUCGUUAAAAAACUGUAAACAAUUGAAGUGAACGAACAUUUGUAAGAGAGAAUAGAAGAAAGUCACAUGAUUACAAAGGUGUUGUAGCCAAUCAGCUAUCAUUCA